CUUCUCUCCCUCUUCCCCUCCCCAUCCAUCAUCCUUCACAAUGGCCUUCGGAAAGCUCUACGGUCUGCCUGACAACGGUCGCACCAUCGCCAUCCUCGUCGCGGCCAAGGCCAACGACGUUGAGUUGGAGUUGGUUAACACCCAGGCGAACUCUGCUGCUGACUUCAACAAGUCGGCCGAGUACACCAAGCUCAGCCCCCUGGGCAAGAUCCCUGCUUUCGAGGGUGCCAAUGGCUACACUCUCUCCGAGGCCAUUGCCAUCGCCGUCUACGUGACCUCCCAGAACGAGAAGACCACCCUCUUGGGUAAGACCAAGCAGGACUAUGCUUCCAUCCUCCGCUGGUUGUCCUAUGUCAACGCCGAGGUCCUCCCCCGCUUCGGUGCCUGGUACCGCCCCUUGAUGGGUCUGGACGCCUACAACAAGAAGAACGUCGACGAGGCUUCCAAGGCUGCCCUGAAGAACCUCUCCGUUCUCAACACCCACCUCACUGCCAACACCUACCUUGUUGGUGAGCGUAUCACCCUGGCCGAUUUCUUCGCUGCCGCCCUCCUCACCCGGGCCUUCGCCACCGUCUUGGACAAGACCUUCCGCUCCGAGAACCCCGCCAUCGCCAGAUGGUACCAGACCAUCAUCAACCAGCCCGCUUUCAAGGCUGUUGUUGAGAAGCCCGUCCUUGUUGACGAGAUCAUCAAGUACACCGCUCCCAAGAAGGAGGAGAAGCCCAAGAAGGAGGCUGCCCCCGCCGCCCCCGCCGCUGAGAAGCCCGCUGAGGAGGCCCCCAAGAAGGCCAAGCACCCCCUUGAGGCUCUUGGCAAGCCCGAGUUCGUCCUCGACGACUGGAAGCGUUUCUACUCUAACGAGGACACUCGCCCCACCUCCCUCCCCUGGUUCUGGCAGAACUACAAGCCCGAGGAGUACUCCUUGUGGCGUGUCGACUACAAGUACGACAACGAGCUCAAGCUCACCUUCAUGGCCAACAACCUGAUCGGUGGCUUCCACGCUCGUCUUGAGGGCUCUCGCAAGUACCUCUUCGGUGCUCAGUCCGUCUUCGGUACCAACUACGACUGCAUCAUCCGUGGUGUCUUCUUGGUCCGUGGCCAGGAGCACGCCCCUGCUUUCGAUGUUGCCCCCGACUGGGAGAGCUACAACUUCGAGAAGCUCGACCCCUCCAAGGAUGAGGACCGCAAGUACAUCGAGGACAUGUGGGCCUGGGACACCUCCGUCACCAUCAACGACAAGGAAUACCCCUGGGUUGAUGGCCACGUCUUCAAAUAAAUGACUCCGUCGGAACUCCAGACAAUUUCCCUGUCAACCUGACCUACUUUCUAGUCGGGUGAGCUUCCAGAUGAGACCCGGCUCCAUGAAAACCACGCCACCCUACCUCUCUUUAAGGUGAAAAGUGUUCCCGGUCAGCUGGGUUGGACGUUUUGACAUCCCCCCGCCUGUCCGCUCUUCUGCCUUGCCUCCUCCCGCCUUAAUGUCUACGCUGUCCACGUGGAACGGUUUACGUGUUUUCAUUCUUCGAAGCUUUUUUUUUUUUACCAAAAAUUUUGAU